AUGGCGGCAACCACUGAAAAGGACGUCAGUACCCGAACGACAGACAACAUCGAGGCUGUCUCCGACACAGUGAGUCUGGAGGAAAAGAACGAGCGAAAAAUCAUUGAGCAUCCCAAUGAAAUCACACAAGAUGCUCAGAUUGGAGUGCAAAAAGCCGAAGCCACGGCCUUAGUAUGGUCCAAGACGGCCUUGUAUGCCACAUAUGCCUGGAUCUGGGUGUGCUUCUUUAUUCUAAACCUGCAAUUUUCCAUUAGCAACAAUAUGAUCUAUUACGCUUAUGCAGGCUUCUCAUCGGCUCCCCAAAUCUCCCAGGCUAAUAUUCUCUCGACUAUCAUCGGGGGAGUGCUACAGCUGCCUAUCGCAAAAAUUCUCAAUCUCUGGGGCCGGGCCGAGGGUUUUCUCGUUUUCGUCGGGGUCUUGAUCCUCGGGAUUAUCGUGAUCGCCUCUUGCAAUGGCCCCAAUGGUUUUGCAGCCGGAUACACGCUGUAUUGGAUUGGCUACACUGCCGUCAACUUCAUCCUGGUUGUCUUUGUCGCCGACGCGUCCGGGCUGCGAAAUCGAGCAUUUGCCUACGCAUUCAUUGGCACCCCGACCAUCUGUACAGCCUUUGUCGGCCCGCUCGCUGCUCAGGCAUUCAAUACCCAUUCCACGUGGCGGUGGGCCUACGGCUGUUUCGCCAUUAUUAUCUUCUUUACGUUCGUGCCUCUGGCGCUGGUCUUCAAGUUCUACCAGCGCAAGGCCGAGAAGACCGGCGUGUUCGUCCGGGACCGGAGCGGCCGGACGCCUCUCCAGUCGUUCCUGCAUUAUUUUCACGAGUUCGACAUCAUCGGUGCCUUUCUCCUCAUGGCCGCCUUUGUCCUGUUCCUCUUGCCCUUUAGCCUUGAGACCUACGGCUUCAGCGGGUAUUCCUCGGCAACCUUUAUCAGCAUGGUUAUCAUCGGCGUGCUCCUCUUCCCCGUCUUCGCUCUAUGGGAGAGAUUCUUCGCUACAACCGCUUUCAUCAAGUGGGAGCUCUUCAAGAACCGGACCGUGCUCGGGGCCUGCAUCUUGUCUGCUGUCAUUUUCCUCAACUAUUACACCUGGGACCAGUAUUUUUACUACUACCUACAGGUCGUCUACAACCUGGAUACAGCCAACACAGGCUACAUGGCACAGAUAUACGGCGUCGGCUCGACCAUCUGGGCCGUCCUCUUCGGCAUCUGGAUCCGCCAGACCAAACACUUCAAGAAGACCUGCCUAUAUUUUGGCGCCCCGCUGAUGCUCCUCGGCGCCGGCCUGAUGAUCCACUUCCGCGGCACCGAGAGCAAGAUCGGGUAUCUCGUGAUGUGCCAGAUCUUCAUCGCCUUUGGCGGGGGCACCCUCGUGAUCGGGGACGAGAUGGCCGUCAUGGCCGCCGCAGACCGCGACGGCAUCCCCAUGAUGAUCGCCAUGAUCAGCCUGGCUGGGAGUUUUGGGGGUGCGAUCGGCUACGCUGUUGCCGUGGCCAUCUACUCCAACACCUUCCCGCAGGCGCUGCUCCGCGGGCUUCCGGAUGAUAUGAAAGCCGACUAUGCUAAUAUUUAUCUUGGGGGCUCGACGGCGCAGGUGAUGUACCCGCCUGGCAGUGCGGCCAGGAAUGCGAUCAAUCAUGCGUGGACGCAGAGCCAGAAGUAUGAGUGCAUCACGGCUACUGCGAUUGUGGUCCUUGCGUUCCCGGCUAUUGCUAUGUGGAAGGACUACAACGUUGAUAGGAAACAGGUCAAAGGGACGGUCAUUUAG